AUGGUCCUGGCGAUCGGACCUUUGCGGGAACACAGAUAUGGUAUGACAGGUACAAUCAACUCAUCCAGUAACGGUACAGCCUUCAGAAAACCUCCAACCAGACCAGACGAACGAUCCCAACAUCAUUAUACAUCCUCUCAAACACAAGCACAAUCGACCACCAACCCACCCUCUAGUAAAUACUCUCAUGCUGACUAUGAAUCCUGUGCCACCUGUACACAUCAGAUCAACCAUAAUUUACCUCGAGUAGAACAUCAAUACGUCCCUUAUAAAGCUGGUCAUACCACUGAUACUGGUACUGAUAUUGGUAGCUCGUGGCAAUCUCCUGCGGGUGGUGUAGGAUGGGGAAGAGAGGAUCAACAUACCGCUCAAGACUUGCAUAUCCCUUCAAACUACAACCGAGGCUCUGAUUUGAAUACUCAAUCGACUCAGCCCCUUCCUUCUUAUACUUCGAAUACCGAUAUAGAUACAGAUCCGAACCUUCCCAUCCCAUAUCCCGAACAUGAUUUUGAUCCAUUGUCUUCUUCUCAACCCUACUCCAACUCCACCGGUUGGCCUAAUCAUCAUAAUACUCAAUUCGGUCUUCCCGACAAACUCCGUCACCUGACUACUUUCUCUGGUAUACCUCCCAAAGGGUAUAUAAUGACUUACAGCGGGAGAGGUAAUCCCCUAAAGUUUCAAGAUUACUUUGCAGCCAGAGUAGAUAUAUCUGUAAGAUUAAAUCCUAACCAUCCUUCUAUCAUCAACACUACUCGUACCAGCUCAGAGAAGAGUGAUUACAAGUACAGCUAUGACCUUGGUAAUCCAUUGGUUCAAAACGCCUACGAGGGAUAUAUCCUACAAAAUCGAAACAGUGAAUUUGAAUUCGUUUGGGUAAAUUACGAUAAUCAAUCUGAAUGGUCAAAAGAUAAAAAAUCGUUAGGUCCUCUAAAGCUCAGUGAAAGUUUGAAGAGACAAGCUUGUACCAGGGCCAACAUGAUUAUGAAUAAUGGGAAAGGGAGUUUCAGAGGUGGUGGAAGAAGAAUAGGAGGGUAUUUAGAUUUGGAUGUGCAUAAUGAUUAUAGAGAAUCUUUGGGGCUGAGACCUAGACCUGCGUGA